GUGUUAUUGAAAUUGGGUGGAUACUUACAAGAGUCUAUAUGAAUAAAAAUGAUGCAAUUCUUUCUUCGGAGAUGGUGUGAAUGUUAUAUCAAAAUAUGAAUCAUGUGAAAAUAUUUACCCAUCUUUUUCUUACCCAAUUGUGCCUUUUGAGAUGAAAUCCAUGGUUGCUUCUAGUAGAUAGCUUUCUUCUGGGAAACAAGGAUUUGGUUUGAUAAGUUGAACCAACGAAUAACUCUUCAAACUUUCCCCACCAACUUUUCAUCAAACUUCCUUAUAAAUAGAGGGUUCCAGCACAAGUCUCUUCCUCACUCAAACCAACAAGAACUAGUCAAAGCGCAAUACAGCAGAAGUAGCACCAUGGCUCCUCUCAAGAACUCCUUUGUAACAUCUCUGGUCAUUGCACUAACAUUUACAAGCUUCUUCACCAGCCUAUCCGCUCAUCGUCACCUUCUCCAAUCAACACCAGUGACUCAGCCUCCAGCUUUAACAUUCCCACCUCUGCCCAAAACCACUAUGCCACCACUUCCUUCUCUACCAACUCCAGCACAACAAACGUUGCCACAGCCACAACCAACUCUGCCACAGCCCACCGGGUUGCCAAUGCCACCAAUUCCGAGCACACAGAUACCUUCAUUGCCCAACCAGGUGCAGCCCACAAUCCCUAACAUUCCACAGGUCAACUUCCCUAGCAACUUCCCCUUUAACUUUCCUUUCAACAUUCCUUUCCUUACUCCACCACCUUCAAAGUAAGAGAAGUGACAAGCUAGCUCUUUAGCUGUCACAGAUUAUUAUCCUUCUCUCCUGAGACAGCUUUGUAUCACACACUCUACUUUGUGUCAGUUUGUAUACAAAUAUAUGCAUUCUUUUGCUGUUGUUUGGUGUCGUCGUCCUCUUUGUUGUUGCUUCCAUGAGUCAGUUCCUUUUGUAAUAUACAGCUUUUUUUCUAAUGAGUGAUUUCCUUCUUUUUC